GUCAGUUCGUGGUGGAAGCGUAUGAAAGUCGCGCGGUGUCGGCCUUCGUCUCCGAUGCUUACAUGAUCACCGCCUACGACGGCAAAACUUUGGUUGAGAUCAACGCUCCAUUGCACAUGUCCUGGCAACAAGCAUUCGACGAGUGUGCAGACAAGGGCACGACACUCGUCACUUAUCCACGUACUCUAAAGGAACGAGUUGCUCUGACCAUCAGACGUCACCGAUGGUUCUACGUAGACCUCCAGCGUCAGGACGAUGGUAGUUACUCGUCAGUCAACACAAACAUGGUCCUACCAAGCGACCAUGACUUCCAGUGGCUGCGAGGUAACCCCAAUAAUGGGACUCAGAAGUGCAUCGGGAUGGGAGGUAUCCCGAUGGUAGUGUACGACUAUCCUUGUAACUUGGUGGAUGAAUGGGACUUUAGUCUCUUCUGCCUCGCUGAAUGAUCCGGAAGUUUUCUCGGGAUCUUGCAUUAUAUUUGCCAACAAAUUUUGCUUCCAUUAAUAAAUUUAUU